AUGGGUGGUCCAGAUCCGAACAGAAAUUCCCGAGUCAGAUUCGUUAGGAGAUCGCAAACUCUGAAAAACAAAGCACAGGAGCUUGCAAAGACAUGUAACGCCAGAGUCUAUCUCAUGGUCGAUCAUCCAAAGGGCUCAUUUGUCUAUAAAUCAGACAACAAUAGCGCAUGGCUAGAGCAUGCGAAGAUUAUCCACGUACUUGCAAGAACAGUCCGUCGAUCGCUCACAGCAUCUCAUGAUGACUCCGCUCUCCUCAAAUGUCCUAGUCCCGGCAAGAUUCAGGUCUCAAGACUCGACAAACUCGCAAGAUAUUUCGCGAGUAGACUGGAUCAGUUGAGAGCGCUAGAAGCUAUCUACGAAAAUCUUACAGCGCAAAGUGCAGCUUCACUUUAG